CAUGCUUCUAUGGAUGAUCUCCAUAUAACGAUAAAGAAAUUGAGUGCAUAUCGCGUUUUUACCAUUUAUAUAACAAUAAAAGCGUUAUUCAAAUAUAUGGAUAUACUAUUAGACAUUUGUUUUGUAUGGAUCAUCAGUUUUACAAUGCGUCGGAUGCAUCAUCUGGGCAAAAUGAAAUAAACAUAUAAAGAGAUCUGUUUACAAAUUUCUUAAAUAUUUUAUAACAGAACAAUGCUUCCCAUCAGAAAGGAUGGUGGUUGGGGCUGGAUGGUACUAUUAACUGUAUUAUGCUGCCAGACCAUUCUAGGAGGAAUUUGUUUUUCCAGUGGACUUUUCUAUAUAAUUUUCAUGGACGCUUUCAAUUCAGAUCCCGUGGAAACAUCUUGGCUGUGUUCCCUUCCAAUGUCAUUCUGGUAUUUUGCAUGCCCAUUUGGAAGUUUUCUCACUAACAAAUACGGCUGUCGAAAGAGCGCUUUCAUUGGUGGUGUUGUAACAACAGCUGGUCUAAGUCUGGGUUUCUUUGCGAGUAGUACCGUGUAUCUUUUCGUCUCGCAUGGCUUUCUCACAGGAUUCGGUCUUGGCAUAAACUACACAGCUUGCAUGACAGUCAUGAAUAAAUACUUUGACAGAUAUAAAACAAUAGCAACAGGAAUAUCAUCUAUAGGACAUAAUCUUGGUCUUGUAAUUUAUGCAAAAUUUAUAAACUAUUUAGACGAGACUUACGGAUGGAGAGGAAUGAUGUUGAUUCAAGGUGCAAUAGCUCUUAAUCUUUGCGCAUGCGCGUGUACACUGUUUCCACUGAAGUCGGCCGUAAAUUUAAAUACAGAAAAUUUUCAUGAGAAAUCUGAUAAAAAGAAAGGGUCAAUCAAUUUAUCAUUAUUUAAAAAAUUAGCUUUUGUUUCAUUCUGUGCCAGUAACAUUUUUACAAAUCUAAGUUUAGGUAUAUUCAUUUUGCAUUUGCCAUCAUAUUCAAAAGAAGUAGGAUAUACUGAAAGUAAUUUCGGAACUGUGCUAAUGGUGUUUGGAAUAACAACAAUCAUAGGUAAGGUAGUAUAUAGUUUACUAGGCCACCACCCUAGAACGGACGAAACUAGUCUAUAUACUGUAUCAUUAAUGGCAACAGGCGUUUUUAUAUGCCUUAUACCAGUGUUUCUGAGUAAGACAGGAAUGCUUACUUUGACUGGUCUUGUUGGAUUUUUCUACUCUGUAACUGGAGCAUUGCUUCAAGCAGUAAUCUACAGAAUUGUAGGAUUUGAAAGGUUUGCUGACGGCAUUGGUUUAUCACUUCCCUUCAAAGCAGCCGGAAACAUUAUUGGUGGACCACUCGCGGGAUUUUUAUUCGCUGUCACUGGGAAGUAUACUUUUUCUUUUUACCUGUCCGGCAUAUGUAUGAUCACAGCAUCUGUGUUAAUGUUACUACCAAUUAUAAGUCAUAGACGUCGUGAUAGACGACAAAAGAAAGCAAAUAUCUACACCGUCUGUGAAUUAAACGUACCAACUGAUGAUAAAAAGACAAAAGCUUUCAGCACGAUAAGUGUUCAGAAGUUAGAUGACUCAAAGAAUUUUGCUGCAAUGAAAAUGAGGAGUUUACAUGUUUCAAUUGAUGCUCAAGAGAGUGAAAGAAUGUUGCCAGAAAGUGAAAAUUCUGAUAAAGAUUAG